AAUUCCAGUUCCAAUUCCAAUUAUUUGAAGUUCGGUUUUGUUCCGAGAGUUUCGCAACUUCUACCGAAAACAAAUUCAUCUCUUUGAAUCGAAUUUUUUGUUUGCGUUAACAAGUUGUUGCGCCCACGUAGCAACAACACAAAGGAGCAUCAUUUGUUUAUUUGCUAAGCCCGACUUUUAAGAUGCUUUCGCUGCAGAAUCAACGGCAACCAAAGACGACGCCUUUGGUGGACGACUACGAAAUAUCGGACACGGUGCUCGGUCUGGGCAUCAAUGGGAAAGUGGUGCAGUGCACCAACCGUCGCACCAAACAGAAUUAUGCACUCAAAGUGCUGCUGGACAACGAGAAGGCGCGCCGCGAAGUCGACCUGCACUGGCGGGCCAGCGGCUGCAAGCACAUUGUCAACAUCAUCGAUGUCUACGAGAAUACGUAUAGCGGUCGCAAGUGUCUGCUGGUCGUGAUGGAAUGCAUGGAGGGCGGCGAGCUGUUCCAGCGCAUCCAGGACAAGGCGGACAGCUCGUUCACGGAACGGGAAGCGGCGCACAUCAUGCGCGAGAUCUGCGAAGCGAUCUACUAUCUGCACAGCCGAGACAUAGCGCAUCGCGACCUGAAGCCGGAGAACUUGCUAUACACGACAAAGCAGCCGAACGCGAUACUGAAGCUGACGGACUUCGGCUUCGCCAAGGAGACCUUCACCAAUGACACACUGCAGACGCCCUGCUAUACGCCGUACUAUGUGGCGCCGGAGGUGCUCGGCCCGCAGAAGUAUGACAAGAGCUGCGACAUCUGGUCGCUGGGCGUGGUCAUGUAUAUCAUAAUGUGCGGCUUUCCACCGUUCUACAGCAUCAACGGGCUGUCGAUAUCGCCGGGUAUGAAGAAGCGCAUACGCUCGGGCCAAUAUGACUUUCCCGAUCCCGAAUGGACGCACGUCAGUCAGGCGGCCAAGGAUCUGAUCAAGGGCAUGCUCAAUGUCGAUCCCAGCAAGCGUUUGCGCAUCGAGGAUGUGCUGCGCAACAAGUGGAUAGCCCAGUACGACGCCGUCCCCCAGACGCCGCUGUGCACCGGACGCAUGCUCAAGGAGGGCGAAGAAACCUGGCCGGAGGUGCAGGAGGAGAUGACACGUUCGCUGGCCACCAUGCGCGUCGACUACGAUCAAAUGCAAAUCAAGGCGCUGGACAAGUCCAACAAUCCCUUGCUGACGAAGCGCAGGAAAAAGAUUGAGGAAAUCUAUGCGGAGCACAACAAAUAGAUUUAGCGGCCGCUGCCAGCGUGAACAAAACCAGGCCAAAACCCUUUACCCCCUCUAACACACACGCACACACACAAUUCUGUGUGUGGGUGUGCGCCUGUGUGUGCAUAAAGAAGAGAUAGAUUAUAAUAGGAUUUAUAUGCCACAUUUGGCGU